GUAUGUAAAGGGAUUUGUGAAACAGGGAGACUGUAGACAACAAGAAUUCAGGGAUCGAUCUGGAAAUUGUGUUCUCUGCAAGCAAUGUGGACCAGGCAUGGAGUUAUCUAAGGAAUGUGGCUUUGGCUACGGGGAGGAUGCCCAGUGUGUGACAUGCCGGCCUCACAGGUUCAAGGAGGACUGGGGCUUCCAGAAGUGCAAGCCAUGCCUGGACUGUGCGCUGGUGAGCCGCUUCCAGAAGGCUAACUGUUCUGUCACCAGUGAUGCCGUCUGUGGGGACUGCUUGCCAGGAUUUUACAGGAAGACAAAACUUGUUGGCUUUCAAGACAUGGAGUGUGUGCCGUGUGGAGACCCUCCUCCUCCUUAUGAACCACACUGUGAGUGAGCGCCAUACAAACACAGCCGAAGGGCUCUUGGCCUUUUUUUAAAAACCCUCUUCAGUUGGCAAAUGGAGCAAAAUCUCUCUCUACUGUGGGGCUUAUAGUGUGCACUCUUUUAUCAAGCUUCUAGCAGAACAUAAAGCCCUUUUGUUGUGUGCCUCAGUCAGCACACUGUGUCUGUUGAAUUGAAUCUAAAGUGAAAUAUAGACAUUUUGCUGCUGUGUUCCAUCUAAAUUCUUACCCUUCACUCUGGAUAUAUAAUGCAGGCAGAGCCAGUUACCUAGGUGGUCCAAAUCCUAGUGUUUAAUGUCUUUGUGCCAUGGGCCCAUGAAUUCCUGUGUUUUCCCUCUUACUUCCCACACCCUGUCAUUUGGCUUCUUUGCCUUUCUAGAGCCAUUCCUUUCCAUGAUCACCUGCCCUAUUUAAUGUAUCCUCAAUGGAAUGGUACUUCAUUUCAUUCAUUCCUUUAUUUUUUUUCAUUUAACAAAUAAGAGAAA